UGAUGGCACAGGACGACGUAAUGACGAGGAUGCGACUCGGGGAUAGGAUUUGAUGAGUUAGUUUCUAGGUCGUUUGCAUCGUGGGUGGUGUCGCCUCUGAUAUAUUACAGUGUUCAGUCUUAGAAGUCGUGAUGGAGUUUCGCAUCUGGCUAGUUGUUCCUUGUUUAUUUUAUUUUUUUAUUUAGUUUUUCCUUCCCUUCCUUGGACUGCCAUGUGAAGAUUUUGCCAUGCGCGAUUCGUUGAAUUUCGAAGCUGCUUCUCAUGUGUUUUACUUCCGCAAGGUGUUCUUGAAUAUUGUUGAUCUGUCUUGCCGAGGCACUGCAACAGUAAACAAAGCCACUGCCAAAGAACAAGAGAAAAUUGAUGGUUUCUUCAAUCAGUAUGCUGAUAAGGCCGAAGACCAUUGUAUAGGGCCUGAAGGUAUUGAAGCAUUGUGUGAAGACCUUGGAGUUCCUCCUACAGAUGUACGAAUUCUGCUUCUGGCAUGGAAGUUGCAGGCUGCUCGGCAGGGAUAUUUCUCAUGGUAAGAAUAAAAACAUGAAGAAUGGAGGAAAGGAUUGAAGUCGAUGCGAGUAGAUAGUCUCGACAAGCUGAGGAAAGCUCUUCCAUCUCUGCAACAAGAGAUGGUGAGUCCGUAUAAUUUUAAAGACUUCUACACGUUUUCUUUCAAGUACUGCCUAACAGAACCUCGUCAGAAAACAUUGGAUUUGGAAACGGCUUGUCAGAUGUUGAGUUUGGUAUUGGGUUCUCGGCCACAUGUGGCAUCUUUUCUUCGGUUUUUGCAGGAACAAUCUGAAUACAAGGCUAUGAACUUGGAUCAGUGGUCUGCUUUCCUUCGAUUCUGUGAUGAGAUUAAGCCCGACCUCAGAAACUACGACGAAAGUCAAGCAUGGCCUUUGCUUUUGGAUAAUUACGUGGAAUGGGCUAAGAAGGGCAUGGUAACCAAGUCAUGAUAUCUACUUUUUACUCGAUUUAGAGCAUCUCAAUUGCUUCAUACUCGAGGACCAAGAGGGGUCUGGUGCUAGAGGACUUAUGGCCAACAUGAGAACCUGACCCUUGCUCGUAGUAAUAGAAUCGUCUAUCAUGAUCAUUGUACCUCUAGAAACCCACAAUCUUGCUCCCAAUAGCUUUAUCUUUUCUCACUGAAAAAAAGAGCAGUGCAAGCUUUGAUAUAAUCUAGUGCCACAUUUUGAUUUUUGAUCACUAGUCAUGGGAGAGGCUCACGUCGAAUUCCAUUUAUGGUCCUUUCUGCUGCUCAUUGCGGAUAUAAAUUUAGAUUUUUACAAUGA